AUGCUCUUUAUGAGAUAAUUUUAAUAGGCUCAGAUUGUAGAUUUGAGACCUGCUAUGAGUGUAGAGGAGAUGGUUGGCAUUUAUAGGUAUCUUAUUUUAUUUGAUUUUAAUUAAUAAAAACUGUAAAACAAUUUGUGGAAAUGGCAUUGUUAUUUAAGAUUUAGAGCAGAUAUGUGCAUUCUUUGCUAAUAAGGUAUUUGUUAUGAUAGUGAAAAUUAUGGUUGGGUGAUUGAUCAUAACUGCAAACCAUUUUUUCGAGAUGGAAUAAUCAUACGUAAAGAAUAAUUUAAUGAAAAUUAUAAUGAUGGCUGUUAUGAAUGUAUAGAUUGGUAAUAAGGAAUUUGUGAAAAAUUUGAAUUCGUAAGGUAUCUUAUUUAGAAUGUUUGCAAUUCUUAAUGUGGAGAUGAGCUUAAGUAAAAUCAAUUGAGCAAUGCAAUGAUGGAUAUUAUGAAAAUGAGAAUGGAUAAUAUUAUUACUAUUUUUGU